AUGGCGGACAACCAAAUCCCAAGCUCUGUCGCCGAUGCAGUCCUCGUGAAAUCCAUCGAGAUGCCCGAGGGCUCUCAAAAAGUCGAGGAGCUCGACUUCAACAAGUUCAAGGGCCGGCCCAUCACCGCCGACGACCUGUUGCAGGGGAUGAAGCACAUGGGAUUCCAGGCUUCGUCCAUGUGCGAGGCCGUGAGGAUUAUCAAUGAGAUGCGCGCCUACCGCGACCCCCAAACCUCGGAAAAGACCACCAUCUUCCUCGGCUACACCUCCAACUUGAUCUCCUCCGGGCUGCGCGGCACCCUGCGCUACCUGGUGCAACACAAGCACGUCUCGGCCAUCGUCACCACAGCCGGCGGCAUCGAAGAAGAUUUCAUCAAGUGUCUCGGGGACACUUACAUGUCCUCCUUUUCGGCUCCGGGCGCCGACCUCCGCUCGAAAGGUCUCAACCGUAUCGGCAACCUCGUCGUGCCCAACUCCAACUACUGCGCCUUCGAAGACUGGGUGGUUCCCAUCCUGGACAAGAUGCUCGAAGAGCAAGAAGCCUCCAAGGACACCGACAACGAGAUAAACUGGACACCGAGCAAAGUCAUCCACCGCCUCGGCAAGGAGAUAAACGACGAGCGCUCGGUCUACUACUGGGCCUGGAAGAACGACAUACCGGUAUUCUGCCCUGCCCUGACCGACGGUUCGUUGGGGGAUAUGUUGUACUUCCACACGUUCAAAGCCUCUCCCCGCCAGCUCAAGAUCGAUAUCGUCGAGGAUAUUCGCAGGAUCAACACCAUUGCCGUGAGGGCGAAGCGGGCGGGCAUGAUUAUUUUGGGAGGAGGCAUUGUGAAGCAUCAUAUUGCUAAUGCGUGUCUGAUGAGGAAUGGGGCGGAGAGUGCGGUUUAUAUCAAUACUGCGCAGGAGUUUGAUGGAAGCGAUGCCGGUGCGAGACCGGAUGAGGCGGUUAGUUGGGGGAAAAUCAAGGUGGGCGCGGAUGCCGUAAAGGUGUAUAUGGAGGCUACGGCGGCGUUUCCGUUUAUUGUGGCGAAUUCGUUUGCUAGGGAGGAUGGGUUGUAG